AUGGACUACGUUUGGGAAUUCAAUAUCUCACCUUCGCCUCCUGCGGCGCGAUACAACGAACUUUUCAGUGGCAAACAUGCUGAGGGCGACGACACCUGGAUUACGGAGGCCAAUCUUAAGGUGUUCACACAUAUUCCUGGUGUUCCUGCCGCUUAUGCUGCUGAAGAGCGCGCUGGUUUGGUCCUCUACGUGCGAGGUGUUCCGUUUGGUAUCAAAUCUAGUGUCGUCCGAGACAUGUUUAUGCCAUUCGGCAAGGUUAACAGAUCGCCGGUUCUCAUAUCCGUGGGCAGCCAGGAGACGUUUCGAUGGGUUAUCAUGAAGCAUGCGGAUGAUGCUCAGGAUGCGAAGAGAGCUCUGAAUGGAAGUACCCAUGAGAGCGGCAGUCAGCUGUUCAUCAGUAUGGCUUUGAAUUCUGGGGAGGUGUUCGAACUGCAGGGCAAAGAGCUGCCACAAGGAUCUCAGCCGUUGAGAGACAUCUCACGUCAGAAAGCCAUCAAUGGUCAUGGACACCCGUCUCCGCCUGCUCUCCAGUCAUCUAAGCCUCUGCUGCCUCCGAUUCCAAGAGUUGCGAUUCCUGCUGUUGCUGCCCCUGCUGCACGUCAAUCAGCACCGCACCCCAUUGAGCCUCCAUCACAAACCCGCCUGGUCUCGAAGGUCUCAGAUUCGAGGGACAACAUAUUGUCCUCCGGCGAUGAUACCGCGGCCGAGACUGGUUUGGACCCUGUCGCAGAGCAAAUCAGCACUCAGCCAUCCUCGUGGGCCAACAUCGCCAGCACCUCGAACCCAGAUACACGUAUCAUCGAUCUGCACCCAGAGCACAAGAGCAGCAAUGCUGCUCCACGCCUCAAUCCAACCGGACGCAUCCCUAAAGUAAUCAACGUCCUCCAAGAACCUGUUGAGGAGCAGCACCGCCUGAUCUUUCUAUUGAACCUCCCGCACAAUAUAGGCCUACAAGAUAUCACCCAAGCGGUGACUGAAGGUCCGUUGGUCAGGAUCCAAUUUGGCUACGACAAUGACAACAAUGCACGCUUCGUCGGGAUCAUCUUCCAAUAUGCUGCUCAUGCCGAGGAAUUCUACAACGUUCUAGUUAGAGAGCGAGAGAGGUCCCGACCAGAACGAUUCCGCUUCAUCGUUGAUGUCGUACGUGGUGAUCCCAUCCCCGCAGACGACAUUAUCAGAUCGAUGAGCGAACACCCAUGGGCAACUCGACGUCUCACUAUUGUCAAAGGCAAAUUCUUCUUCAUGUUUGGAGAGCGUCAGCUCAAAGACCUGUGCUGCAAGAUUGCCGGAGAGGAUAACGUGCAAUUGGUUUGGCUCUACAACGGUGGGAAUGCGACGGUUGUGUUUGCGGAUGUGGAGAGUGCCAUCAAAGUCAAGAGAGUAUUGGACAAGAGAGCAAAUGCCAAUCACAAUGGGGUGCAAGGCGCGGAAUCCAUUGUUUGGAAGGGUUUGCAGACUACGUUCUCGAAGGAUCCAUGUAUCCAUCCCUUGGAUUUGAAGACCGCUAUGCAUGACUGA